AAAAUUGUUAGUAGCCCCGUGAUAAGUGUUAUUAAAUAACAAGUGAGAGACACACUAUUAAAACUUAUUCACGAGCAGCGAGGAACAAUUAAAGAAAUAAAAACAGCCACAGCAACAUUAUGCCGGAUACCAAACUCAAGGAGGGCAAACAAAAAAAGAAUAGAGGGUCGAAGACAAAGGGAGAAGGUGGCGGCGGUGGUGGCGAUGCGGAUGACUUCGAUGCUUGGAUGAAGUCGCGCCAAUUGGUCAAGCCGGAUGACCAAUUGGAUCUAACGGAGGCCGAGCUGGGCGAGGAGGUCAGCAAGAUGCUGACACCGACCAAUACAAAUGUGCAGCGCAAUUUGGUUGUGUACAGCUUCAAGGAAGGCGAAUAUGUGCUUGCACCGCUGCCGGGGAAUACGGUGACCCUGAUUAGCUUCCCGGGCAAUUCGCUGCAUGUUGACUCCGAGGAGGCGCGACGUCAGGUUGAGGAAUCCGAGGAAAUCGGCUAUCCACUGCCAAUGCCCAACUAUGCAGUGGUGGAGCAACGUGAAACUGUCGUUGAGGGCGAGGAUGAAGGCGAGGGCGAGGAGGAUGAGAAGACUGACAUGGAUGGCAAACAAACUAGUGCCGGCGAUGCUGGCGAUGAGGAGGAAGCCGAGGAAGAAGAGGAUGAGGAGGGCAAGGCAACGGAAGGUGAACAGGCAACCGAAACUGGAGCCGACGAUGAGGAGCGUCCAGGAGAAACGCAACCAGCAACUGCUGCUCCAAGCAAGAAGCGAAAACUCAUCAACCAAUUCAACUACUGCGAACGCGCCACUCUCACCUACAACAAUGCCAAGCGUAGCGUGGAUACCCAAACGAUUCCACCGCCACGAUCAUCGUUUGGGGGCAAUGUGCUGCAGUGGGUCAUCUAUGAUACGUAUCAGGAGGAUUACGAGGCGACGCAGAAGGCGACCAGUUCGCAAGGCGAUCACAAAUCCCGAUCCAGCAAGAAAAGCUACAAAAAGAAAACCGCUAUGGCGGAGCAGCUAAAUCGGAAAUAUAUGCGAUGCUGGCAGAUACUCGAGCGUAUGAUUAAUCAGAAUAUAUUCGAUGAUAUUGGCAACGAUUAUCGCUACUGGGAGGAUCCGGCUGAUGAGUAUCGCGACGGCGAGGGCAAUCUAUUGCCACUCUGGAAGUUCCAAUACGAGAAGACUAAGAAGAUGAAUGUCACCGAGAUUACAUUCAAUCCAUCCUACUACGAUCUAUUUGCCGUGUGCUUCGGUUCACAUGAUUUUCUUAAGCAGCCCAACGAGGGUUAUCUGUGCCUGUUCACCGUCAAGAAUCCCUCCUAUCCCGAUUACAUAAUUCAAGCCGAUUGUGGUGUCAUGUGCUGUGACAUCCAUCCACAUUAUCCAUUCCUUGUGGUCAUUGGAUUAUACGAUGGCAAUGUGGCUGUCUAUGAUCUACGGGAUGGCUGCAAGGAAGCCAUGUAUGUCUCGAGGGGAGUCAAAUGCAAGCACGGCGAAUGCGUCUGGCAAAUCAAAUGGGGACCGGACAUGGCCGAUGGUGAAAUCAACUUCUUCUCGGUAUCCUCUGAUGGAUGCGUCUUCAAUUGGAUUCUGAUGCAAAACAAGCUUUGGGUUACGACCAUAAUUACGCUUUAUUUAGAGAACGGCAUUACAGAUGGCCCGGAUGGCACUAAAGUCGUCCUCAAGAGUGGCGGCUCCUGUGUACAAUUCCAUCCGACGAAUCAAACCGUAUUCCUUGUUGGCACCGAGUGUGGCUUGAUCUACAAAUGCAGCACGGCCUUCAGCUCCAAGUAUCUGAUGACCUACAAUGCACACUAUAUGUCCGUGUAUCGCAUCGAUUUCAAUCGCUUCGACUCGAAUAUAUUCGUAUCCUGCAGCGGUGACUGGCGCGUCAAGGUCUGGGAGGAUAUGCGUGCAGAUCCACUUUUUAUAUUCGAUCUCGGCUCCGCUGUCGGCGAUGUCAAAUGGGCACCCUACUCAAGCACCGUAUUCGCUGCCGUCACCAACGAGGGCAAGGUGCAUGUUUUCGAUCUCAAUGUGAACAAAUAUAAGCCCAUCUGUGUGCAAGCUGUGGUCCCCAAGCGAAAGAAUAAACUGACACGCCUCGCAUUCAACGAGAAGCUACCCUUCAUUGUGGUGGGCGAUGAGAAGGGAGUAACCACCUCCUUGAAACUAUCUCCGAAUCUUCGUGUCAUGGUCAAGCCGCCAAAGAAGCAGCUCUAUCUCGAUCAGCUGACACUGCAGAACGCAAAACUGGAGAAGCUGUUGUCCCUGGUGCGUGAGUUGCCAGAGGGUUCCGUAAUUCCGGAUGCUGCCACGACUGUGCGAUCUUAGAUUGUGAAAUCCAUACAAAUGUAUUAUAUUUAAUAAGUUACCAUUUAUAUAUACAUAUAUAAGAAGUACGACUGGUACAGAGAGGUUUA